UAUCCAAUCUCCAGUGCAGUUCUCCAGAAGUACUUCAGAAGUUCUCCAGAGACGGACAAGUAUAACUGGAAACAAUGCUUACAGCACUGGCGCUGAUGUGCUCAGUCUAUAUCCUAGGAUCAGCUACAGGGUCGGUGUUCCAGCUUAUUGACCAGAACGGAAAUGAAGUGUCAGCUGGACAGCAAGGACUGUUACUUUACAAAGGGGGCACCGUCUGUGAUGAUAGGUUCGAUAACGAUGCAGCAAACGCCAUCUGCAAAGAUAUGGGAUACAACAGUGCGCAGAGCUGGGACAAUGCUGGAAGUGCAUCUCUUUAUCCGAACCAAGAGAGCUACGAUAUCAAGCUGGAUGACGUGACUUGUAAUAAAAAUGAUAAUAACGACUGGGCUGAUUGCAGUUACAACACCAACCACAACUGCGGCCAUUAUGAAGACGUCUUACUUACUUGCUCAGGAGUAGCCGCAGAGAGGGAGCCAGACUUCCUUCUUUUAGGCACGAGCGGGGAACCAGUUGAAUCAGGCCAAAUGGGUUUACUCUUGUAUAAAGGCGGGACAGUGUGCGACGAUUACUUUAGCGAUUAUGCAGCUGACGCCAUCUGCCGUGAACUUGGUUUUGGUAGAUUGAUUGACUGGACCUACGGGUACAAGUAUGAAUGGAGAUUUCAAAGCAGCAAGUCAAUAAGCCUGGACGAUGUGAGGUGUGGAAGUGAUAGAGUUUGGUCAAACUGCCGCUACAACACUUACCACAACUGCGUACACGGCGAGGAUGUCUUCCUUACGUGUGGUGAAGCCUCAUGCCAAGCCGGAAAUUACUUUGACUACUCUAAUUGGUUUCGAUGUCAAAUAUGUCCGAUCCGAACAUACAGUGAAGAUGGGGCUGCCAGUUGCACGGCAUGUCCAGAUGGAAUGUAUUCAGAUUCCGGUUCAACAUCGUACUCUGCUUGCUAUUGGGUCCCAUGCAAUGCUGGUCAGUACAUGAUCACUGACACUGGAUGUCAGCAAUGUGAAGAGAACACUUGGAGUGAAUAUAAUUCGGACAAUUGUACAAGUUGUCCAGAUGGUAUGAUUUCAAGUGCUGGAUCGAGAGCUGCCUCUGACUGCUACUACGCCCCAUGCACGGCUGGAAACUAUAUGACGGACAGUGGAUGUCAGCAAUGUGGAGAAAACACCUUCAGUUAUGAUAACUUUUACUACUGUGCAAACUGUCCGUACAACCAUGUAUCAGAUCCAGGAUCUUCUUCAGAGGACGACUGUAUAUACGUUCCUACAACGGUGACUGAAUUACCGACGACAGCACUGCCCGAUUGCAGUGAGGAUGAGUUCCGGUGCUCUAACAAGUGUAUUUAUAGAAGCUGGGUAUGUGACGGUGUUGCUGAUUGUACUGAUGGUACAGAUGAAGUGGACUGCCCAGGUGAAACAACGACGGAGCCGACACAAAAGCCUACAGUUAAACCCACCGGUACAACCGAAGGACCACAAGCAACAACAAAAGCCGAGAUAAUAGCCACAACAGAAUCCUUUACCUCGUUCACAACAGCGACCCCCCAAAGGUUCCGACUGGUUGAUGAAUCCGGUGCUGAUGUGGGAGAGGAUGAGAUGGGUCUCUUGCUUUACAGUGGGGGGACUGUCUGUGAUGAUCAUUUUAGUGACAACUCCGCACAUGCUAUUUGCAGAGAAAUGGGAUUCAACUCAACGUCGAGUUGGACUUCCGGAUUGGACACCAUGAAUUUGGAAUCUCGAAAUUUCAAAUAUGGGAUCAGAUUAGAUAAUGUUAAUUGCAGUAGUAUUGAGUGGGAUUCUUGCAGCUACACGACUUCUAAUAACUGUGAUCAUUCUGAGGAUGUGUUUCUCAAUUGCACUGGCUUUAUACCAAUACCUACUACGGUGACCGAAUUACCGACGACAGCACUGCCCGACUGCAGUGAGGAUGAGUUCCGGUGCUCUAACAAGUGUAUUUAUAGAAGCUGGGUAUGUGACGGUGUUGCUGAUUGUACUGAUGGUACAGAUGAAGUGGACUGCCCAGAUAAACUAACAACGGAGCCGACACAAAAGCCCACAGUUAAACCCACCGGAACAACCGAAGGACCACAACCGACAACAAAAGCCGAGAUAAUAGUCACAACAGAAUCCAAUAACUUAACCACAACAGAAACAUCAUCCACAACAGAGAUACCCCAGGAGUUCCGACUGGUUGAUGAAUCCGGUGCUGAUGUGGGAGAGGAUGAGAUGGGUCUCUUGCUUUACAGUGGGGGGACUGUAUGUGAUGAUCAUUUUAGUGACUUCUCCGCACAUGCUAUUUGCAGAGAAUUGGGAUUCAACUCAUCAUCUAAUUGGACUGUAGUAAAUGACCAACCCGGUUGGGAAAUUCAAGCCCAUUAUAAGAUCAAAUUAGAUGACGUUGAUUGCGAUAGCUUUGAGUGGGAAUCCUGCAGCUACUCAACUUCCGAAGACUGCCGACACAACGAGGAUGUUCUUCUAACUUGCAGUGAUGAUGAGCCAGUUGCAGUAGUAGAAGAAGAAGGUCCAUUUCGUCUGGUAGAUUCAUAUGGCAUCCAAGUUACUGCAGGAAGAAAGGGCUUACUACUCUACAACGACAGAACGGUAUGUGACGAUGGAUUCAGCGACAACUCAGCAACUGCUAUUUGUAAAGAGAUGGGAUUCACCAGAGCAAUAAAUUGGCAGAAUGGGGACGAAUUUAGAAGCUAUAACUAUGAAAUCGGUCUAGAUGAAGUAAGGUGCCCCAGUACUAACUGGGACUCCUGCAGUUAUAUAACCAGGCAUGACUGUUCACGAUCUGAAAAUGUUCUUCUCACUUGCAGUGGUACUGGGUCUAGAUUAGAGUUCAGCGGUCCAUUUAGUUUACUCUCAAAUGGUUUACUCCUCUACAACGGAAUGUUAGUAUGUGACGAUGGAUUCAGCGACUAUUCAGCUGCUGCUAUUUGUACAGAAAUGGGAUUCACCAGAGCAAUAAAUUGGAAUUCUGGAGACUCAAGUGGAACCUAUGAAUACGUGAUCGGACUAGAUGAAGUGAGCUGCAGUAAUACUUACUGGGAAUCCUGUACUUAUCAAACCUAUCAUGACUGUUCACAUUCUGAGAGUGUCCGUCUGUUUUGUGCUGUGUAAGGCUAUGUUAUGAAUAACUGAAGUACUGUGAAUCUCUUCAUUAAUUUUAGACUGAAAAAAACAUUGUGCCUAUAACCUGUAUAAAUAUUUUUUG